UUUAGGGCCAUUAAUUCUGACCACGUGCCUGAGAGGCAAGGUGGAUGGCCCUGGGACAGAGGCUGUUCAUCACUAUGUCCCGGGGAGCAGGACGUCUUCAGGGCACGCUGUGGGCUCUCGUCUUCCUAGCCGUCCUAGUGGGCAUGGUGGUGCCCUCGCCUGCAGGCACCCGCGCCAACAACACGCUGCUGGACGCAAGGGGCUGGGGCACCCUGCUAUCCAGGUCUCGCGCUGGGCUAGCUGGAGAGAUCGCCGGGGUGAACUGGGAAAGUGGCUAUUUGGUGGGGAUCAAGCGGCAGCGGAGGCUCUACUGCAACGUGGGCAUCGGCUUUCACCUCCAGGUGCCCCCCGACGGCCGGAUCAGCGGCACCCACGAGGAGAACCCCUACAGCCUGCUGGAGAUUUCCACAGUGGAGAGAGGUGUGGUGAGUCUCUUUGGGGUGCGAAGCGCCCUCUUUGUUGCCAUGAACAGUAAAGGAAGAUUGUACACAACG